AUGAUUCGAAAGCUGCUGUUGAGGCUGCGGGGCAGGAAGAAGCUGCGGCUUGACCUGCUUCUCUUCAGAAGAAGGAGAAGAGGAGGCGGAAGUCGAGUCCCGUCGGUGCCAUUGUAA